AAGAUAAAUUUACGAAAUUCUGAUCUUUUUGUUUUUUUAAGUUCAAAGUUAUUUCUUUCCGCCGAGCCCGGUCUGUGUUUUUAGCCUUCCGUUGCUAUAGAGACAGCUGCGCACACUUUUCGGAUUGAAAAUGAAGCGUUCAAGAGGAGAAUCAACCGAUUCACUCAAGUGCUACCUCAUGUAACAAUCAAUGUUCAGAUCUACUUUACAAGAAAAUAUAUCACAGCAGGAAAUUGGUAAAAUAUAAAAAUGGACUUUCAGAACAAUUUAUGAGAAAGUUUUUUCAAUAAAACACAAUGGCGGAAAGACGAAUGAGAGAAGCAGUUCAAACGAUUGAAAGAGCCUGGUUAUCCAACAGGGACCGGAAGAUAUUUAAGCUUUUGAAACAUGCCGUUUGCGCUGCUGAACAGUGUAUCACAAGUGUUUUUCUUCAGACCAUCUCACCACAUGAAGCUGAAUUACUCCAGGAUCCAACAAUGUCAGCCUAUGUUCGACUGAGGUUUGGUGGAAGAACCUUCCCUCCAUUGGUAUAUUUCAAGAUUUUCCUCCACCAAAACGGCCCAGUUAUCAAAUAUCUCAGUGGGAAAACAAUGAUGACUCCAGCAGCAACUGAGGCAAAUGAAGACAGCCUUAAAAUAAAGGGCCCUCGAUUAUUCUUUGAUCAACUCCUGUAUGACCAAGUGCAACAUCACUGCAGGAAAACAACAGAUUUUGUUGACGUUGUGACGCUGAAGGAUUACAUGCAGUACCUGGCCCAUAUCGAUGAAACUCCUGCUAAAUAUGGUGGCAAAUGUAACUACUGGAGACUUCUUUCUCUAAAUGACGUUCCACGCCAUAUCAUCUUCUACGAUAUUGUUGAGUUUUUGUACAGUGGCAAAGUUUCUCCGGAUAUCCAACACCAUCUCACAAAUCUUCUGGUGAAACCAGUUAAUCCCAAAAUCCAAAUGUUACACCUUAAUAUCAUCUCAGCUUUGAAAUCAUCAAUUUCAUAUCCGUUGGAACGACUCAUGAAAUGUCCUGAAAUAAAGGGCAAUAAAACGAAGCGUCGGUCCAAACGAGCGGUCAAGAAAGUGAACAAAAUGAGGGAACUCUAUCUACAAGAACAAGAACGACAAGAAAAAAGUAAGAUGUCUCAGUAUUCCACACCGCAAACGCCCGAAAAUAGCAUUUCACUGAAACCCUAUUCUGGAUAUGAUGACGACGACGAUGACAGCAUCAUCAUCGCAUCAAAAACUAGCGACUUUGUUACUGCCACUGUCCACACCGACAACGACGAUAUGUCCACCGGUCAAGAUGACGACCUUGACCCGAACGACAUGGACAACGAAGCACUUCGGCUCUACCAAUGGACGCAACAUUUGUCUCUGGACAACAUCUUGAACCCCUCAAGACUCAGUCUUUAAGCAUUGGAACCCACUCCGCCACUUUUCCUUCGACUGGGUUCAAACACAGCGCCCGCAUUUGUUUCAUACCGUGGUUACAACAUUGUUCUGUUAAAACUUGGAAUGGAUAAAGCAUAACAUUAAUUCUGUUGACUGCAUCAUGGAGACUACACAAGUUUCAUAAGACACAAGCAUGAGAGUUUCAAAGGAUUUCUUAUAUACUUGGCUUUUUCUUUUAUACUUUUGUAUGUUUUGUAUGAUGUUCUUUUAAAAAAAAUGUAAAUUAAUAUAACAACAUGGAUAGCAAUCAGUAACAUCAAUAGUAGU